AAUCAAUCGCACCCACAUAAUUUAUUUAUGAAAAUAUUUCAAACAACUAAAAAAAAAAGAUUACUUUUCUGCAAUUACUAACAGUCAUUUCUUAUUGCAGCACCACACUGUCCGGAUGGGUUUUCAUGAUCUCAGUUGGAUUUAACGCAGCUGCAAGUGUGAGAGUGAGCAACGAGCUAGGAGCAAGAAAUCCAAAAUCAGCUUCAUUUUCUGUGGUGGUGGUGACAGUGAUAUCUUUCAUAAUAUCAGUUAUUAUAGCAGUGGUGAUUUUGUCGCUAAGAGAUGUCCUUAGCUAUGCCUUCACUGAAGGCGAAGAGGUGGCUGCUGCAGUCUCAGAUCUUUGUCCCCUCCUUGCCCUUUCCAUUGUUCUCAACGGCAUUCAGCCUGUUUUGUCUGGGGUGGCUGUUGGAUGUGGAUGGCAAACUUUUGUUGCGUACGUAAACGUCGGUUGCUAUUACGGAAUUGGCAUUCCAUUGGGUUCUGUAAUGGGUUUCUAUUUCAAACUCAAUGCAAAGGGAAUAUGGUUGGGAAUGCUUGGUGGCACGGUUCUGCAAACCAUUAUUUUGAUGUGGGUCACAUUUAGAACUGAUUGGAAGAAAGAGGUUGAGGAAGCAGAAAAGAGGUUGAAUGCGUGGGAGGACAUAAAGGAGCCACUCAUCGUCAAGAACUGAAUAACAGGAAUGGGGCUUUGGAUUUAGAGAAUUAUUUUGAAAUGAGGAUAACUUAUUGAUUUCACUGUGAAGAGAGAUUCCCAUCAUGUACUCUUGCAAAAUUCAAAUUGCAUUCUCUCUACAAAGUGAUAUAGACAGUUCUUACCA